AUGGCUCCUUCGGUUUCCAAGACCUCGCUUGUUUUGUUGGCCGCUCAUCUCCUGGGUGUUGCCGCGGCGGAUAACUGUACCCUGGCCAGCUUCAAUGCCACACUUGGUGGACGGGUCCAGUCAUUGAAGCCGUUCUCAUUGCCGUGCUUCUCGCAGUACAAUGGCAUCUCUACGGAUUCAGAUGAAGCAGCAUGCAGUGUGAUCCAGAGCAAUUACAGCGAUCCUUUCCUGCGUGCCAAUUCCGCCAAUGGCUACAUGUAUAAUCAGGCCGAAAUAUGCGCAUCCGACCCAGCCAACCAAUGUCUACUUGACAACUUAGAUCCGACCAAUCCACAAGCGCUCAGGACUUCAUGUAAUCAAGGAAAUAUGCCUUCCUUCUCGCUGGAGGUUCAGGGGCCAAAGGAUGUGGUCGAGGCUUUCAAAUUCUCAAGCUGCUCAGGAACCCGUCUUUCAAUCAAAAAUAGCGGCCAUGACUUCCUGGGCCGUAGCAGUGGUCAAGGAACUCUCUCUUUGUGGACUCGACACUUGCAGUCCAUGCACUACAACCCUGCUUUUAUUCCCACUGGUUGUAAUGCUACCUCGAGAUACGAUACGAUUACUGUGGAAGCAGGUGUGAAUUUCGAUGAGGUCUACAACUUUGCCCAUGCGCAUAAUGUCACUUUCAUCGGGGGUUAUUCGCCGACAGUAGGUGUUAGCGGGGGCUGGACACAAACUGGAGGCACAGUAUCCUAUCGCCUGUCUAUGUAUCGGAUUGCCAACGAAUGUCAAAAUCAGGAGCUCUUCUGGGCUCUGCGGGGUGGCGGUGGUGGCACCUUUGGCGUGGUGAUGGAAAGCACCCAUCGCGUUGAGCCACAGGUGAGCAUAGUCUCUGCCUCUAUCAAGUUUCCCCUGAAGGCGAAUUCAAGCAACGUUUUACCAUUCCUCGAUAUCUUGGUGAACAAUGCUGUCAAGUGGGCCCACGAGGGCUGGGGCGGUCAUAUCAGCGGCAACUCAUUCAUCAAUGUCACGCCGUUGCUGUCUUUGUCUGAAGCCAAGGAUUCCCUGGCUAAGACUGUCGCCUACGCGAAGUCCCAGGGGGGCACUGCAAUUAUUGAAGAAUUCCCGUCCUGGUAUGAGUUCUACCAGGAAUAUGUCGUGCCUAACGCGGUCACGGUGGGCAACGCUCACUUCGCGGCAACGCGACUCAUUCCCAAAACAGUAUUUGAGACGGCCACGGGUCGUGCAGAUCUCAUGAAGUUUUUCUCAGUGCUCCUGUCGAAAGGUGGAAGCGUAUACAUCCCCGUGGUCGGACCUCUACUCUACAAAGACGUCAAACCCAAUUCUGCGACCCCAGCCUGGAGAGACGCCAUCUGGUCUGUCGGCGCUGACGGCUUUUGGGCAUGGAAUAGCACUCUCGAAGUGCGGGAGCAGAAAGUGGCUGAGAUGCAAGAUAUGACAACGCUUCUCGAAGAGAUCACUCCAGGCAGUGGCGCUUACAGUCCCGAGGCGAACCCCUUCACCAAGGAUUGGCAAGAGUCCUGGUGGGGUAAUGAGAAUUACGGCAAGUUGCUGAAGAUAAAGAAAAGGUAUGAUCCGAAUGGACUGUUGAGCUGUUGGAAGUGCGUUGGCUGGAAGGAAUCCGAUGCGCAGAGCUCCUGCUUUGCGGCGUUCAACUAA